UUUUCAGAUCUGAACACGUUGAAAACUACUAGGAUGAAUGGAUUAAAUGGCGACAGUUAGCCACUAUGCAAUGCAGCCCUAUCCAGCUCUUUAUGGUGAUGGCAGCACACAGCUAACCUCAACUCAGUAUUAUGUGGCAUCUAAUCAACAGAUAUCUCAAAUGUACGACAAAACGAAGAAAACAUGGAGUCAACGGCUCAAGAUCACCAAAUCCGAGAAAAUUCCAUCUCCCUUAAGCGAACUGCCUGACUAUUCGCAAAGUGCCUUAUCAAGGUCGAUGAAAUAUGCCGAACCAUGGCUAUAUGGCACAGUACGAGGAAUCCCAGCACCACCUGUGCAUGGACAAGCAAUCUUCACCCCAAUUCCUGCCGAAGUUGCUGUCGUUGUAUGUUCUUGCCCCGAAUAUUUAAAUGGAACUAAAAAGGAAGUCAAAAAAGCAUCGGUGUGUAAAAAAUGUAAGGGGUCAAGAUUGCCUUUGGCCCCGAUUGGAGGAACUGUCAGAAUACGGCCCACAUCGGCACCGAUAGUGCAUACUCCCAGAGCGAGUGUCGGAACAGUUAGGCUCCCUUCCAGUUCUAGUAAAAUUAGGCCAUCUAUAUUAGAUCCUAAAAAUGAUCCUUAUGACCUAAUGAGACGAUCGCGACUGGUUUCACCUGAGCCGAAGUCCAUUCCAGUUGAUAAGGCUUUAAAACUGAGGGCGAAAAGUGCCAGCCCUACAAGAGGAAGAAGUCGAAAUAGGCCUCCAAGGGUUGGGCCAGAUGAAUUACUGUUGAGCAAUGGAACUGUUGUUAUCAACAGCGGAUCUGGUAGUAUAAGACCACGUAACACAAUGCGCAUGAAGCCCGAACGGUGGCUGGAAGGUAUGGAGCAUGAUUCUGGAACUCGAAAAUCUAUUCUUCAAUGUGAUGUGAAUCCUUACGAUUUGAUCUCAAAUAAAUCUCAAACGAAUAGUGAAUUCGCUCCUGAACAAGAUGAGAUGUUUCUCCCUACUUCUAAGAGGGAGCCCGGUCAAAAGAAAGUGCCAGCGACAAACAACUCCCAUGUAAGAACAAUAGCUGGCCAACGAAUAAGUAUUGGGGAAAGUGCAUCCAAAAAUUCCAAAUUACCCCACUUCGAUCGCAAUGCAUCGAAUCUACCGACAUCAAUUCCAAGGAAAGUGGAAAAUACUACGACAGCGGAUAACCAACGGUGUGAGCAAACACUGAAAUUGAAUUCGCCCAAAAUACAAAUGGAGCAUGUUAAACCUAAGCGUCCUCCGAGAAGAAAGCACGAAACCAGUUCAGCUGAUGAGGAUUCAACCGAAAUAUCUGAACAAUCUACAAAAAUUACGAACGAAGAAAAUUUCACGAGAAAUCUAACACCUACACCUUCCUCUUCCGCACCAAGCACACCAACUCAAGUCGUAGACUCUGUCACCCUAAUAAGCCCCUCUGGACGACAAGGAAUUAAAUCCAUCUUGAAACGACCAUCGUCUGUGAUGCCAUCGUCCAGCGAUACCGAAACCAAAAACAAAGAUUCGUGUCGUCAGGAGAAAACUGGCAAUUCUAAUACGAAUUCUGGGAAUUCCAUGGUUAAAGGCACCUCGGGAACCAUACGUCUCACCACGUUUUCGGAGAAUGGGUUAGCCGGCGAGGAAAGGGUUGCAGGAAGCGGUUCCUUGUUCUACCUCCCUCUACCACAGACACGGAAAAAGGUUCAGUUUAUGGUUGAAAAUCGAAUCAUCCAUCAGGAGACAGAUGAUGACUCUGCAGACAAAAUAACUGUGGGAGCCCCUCCUAUCAGCGUAAGCAAAGACGAAAACGCUACCUUGAAACGAAAGGAGCUAAGAAUUCAGAGCAAUGCAGCUAAUAACGAACAAACCGUCAAGGAUACGAACGGGUUAAGAAAUGAAGGGAAUACUGAGGAGAAAAGACAACAACAAGAUGUCGAUUCGUUACAACGUGAGCAGGGUCAAAAUUGGACUCGAUCUCGCAUCGAAAUGAGUUCCAACAGGGAUUCUUACAAGGACUCGUGCAAGAAUGACUCAGAGAAAUCUACGACAAUGGCAAUAAGGAAUUCUUCGACAAAUUCGAAUGGUGUGAUUGUUGUCAAUACACGACAGAGGAAUGGUCUUCCUCCUCAGUCCCGGGACGAAGAACAAAAACAGACGAAGUCUGGAGAACUGCUGGCAGCAGAAGACGGAAGCGUGGAGCACACAGAUCAGGAGGGCCAGGAUGGAUUUGAAUCAGAUACAACUACAAUUACGACACCGUCAACAUAUCGUUCGCCCACUCGACGAGGCGCGUCACUACGCCGUACCCAUAGCGCUCGCUCUAACAACACAACGACAGUAUUGCUUAACUUUAAUGAUACGAUGGCUUUAAGGAUUAAGAAUAUUCGUCCUGAUUCGCGUGAUAUAUUCUGCGAGAGUGGUGUUUCCAACUCGUCGUCACCAUCCCCAAAAGCUUCUUCCUCGACACUGCGACCCCAUGGAAAUCCUCCGGAUCCGCCACUAUCGCCAUUACGAAAACACCAAGAAGACUCUCCACUUUCCUCGCCCGCAAGCUUAGCUUCGUCGGCAGUGGCACAAGGAGCAGCAUCCUCAACGUCAUCUUCACCAGAUUCCAAAGAAAACUCAAAGGAAGCUGUUUCGCCAGCAGCUAGGAGAAAAUCAACAAGUACUGAUGACAAGAAUCCUACGAGUAAGGAAUUACUGCGACAUAAGGAUAAGGAAGACUUUCAACUGAAGGACGCAACUAGAGUCCUUGUUGUAGAUUCUUCUGGCGAAACGCAACCUGCCAGGCCACCACGUCAAGUUAACAAGAAGAUACCGUGGCAACAAGAGAAUGGAACCAGCGUAACCGUAAGAAAUGAACAUCGGGAUAAUCCUUUGAAGGAUAAUGCCGGCAAUAUCAGCAAUGAAGGCGCUUGUGGUUCAAAUAAAGAAAAUAAUGCGAAUGGAAAUAUAAACGUCCGCAACGAAGGCAACGAGAAAAAAACUGCUGUUACUCACCAUGCCGCUUUGAUUCCCACGGAGCCUGUCCAGAAAGGAGUCCAUCCGGGAAAAAUGUCUGAGAAGGAAAAAAUGCUUCAAGCCCGAAACGAGAUUCUUAAUGGGUCGCGAUUGUUUGGAAGUGUAUCGGAUAAAGGUGUUCAGAAAACGGUUGUAAGGGUGGCACCUUUCAACAAAGAUGGAUCCGAAGUACACAGACUUAAAAUUCGCCACGAGGAUGAAAACACUUCCCCCAUCUUAGUUUCGCAGAAAAAGACAUCCAUUCUGAUAAAUGGAGACAACUGUUACUCCACGGUAAAUGUGAGUAGUGACACUCCCUUGUAUCAAUCAUCUGUUGUUGUUAAUAAUGGAGUAAGUACAAUUUCCACCGAACCGUUGAGAAUAUCCUCGAAUACUGUGACUAUCAACGUCAGUAAUCCAUCCACGCCUGAAGAGGAAAUCAUUUGCAAGAACAACAAAAUCAACAGCAUAUUAACGUUGAACAGCAAUUUAUUGAAUGUGGGGUCCUCAGGGUCGACAGUGAGUCACUCAAGUUCGUCGUCUACCAUUGGUAGUGAUGGAGACUCAUCGUCCUAUUCAGGUAGCUUGAAGCGCGGCAGCACAUUCGUCACCUUGGACUUUGGCUCGCCUACCGAACCUACAAAAACUACCGCAGCUGAUAAGGAAGGAUUCACCCACGAGCAGGAACUGGUACAAAUAUUGAGGAAUCCAGUUGAGGCUGUAAAAAGAAACCUGGUGCCGCAUGUUUGUGGCAAAUUAGACAAUACUGUAUACAAAAGUUCUCUCCCAAUAACGCCUGCUCCAACUCCAGCUAAAAGUGACUCCAAUAAACCACAAAAUAACUAUUCCUUUAUUGGAAAGCUUCUGGAGGACCCAACCCUUCAUCAGCUUGCCGAAGGACUUGAAAGUGAAGUAGUAGUAAAAUUAAUCGAGAACUCCUUGAAGAGGUUGAAGGAUAGUCGUCAAAGUGUAGAUACAAGUGGUACCAAAGACAAUGAAGAUAUGAAUAAGCUUAUCGAUUUGGCUUUACAAAAAGUGAGGGAGGAACGCAUGAAACUUGAAGUUAAAAAACGGAACGAGACUUCGAACGAAUCAACCCAGAACCCCUCACAAGAUCAACAUGAAAAUUGCAGUAUUAGUUCUGGAAACAGCUAUGGUUCGGCCAAUUAUGAUCUGUUCGACUUUGAAAACAACGAAUCCGACUGCUACCAGAGCUGUUCCAGCGAAAUGACAACAGAGGAAGACGCUCAGUCUACACGAAGCAAAUUCUAUCAGAUGCUCGUGGAUGCCACACUCUCUGAGAUCGAGAUUUCAACCAGUAAUGAAGAUGAUCAUCAUUACGAAUCAAUACGCAUGAACUGUGAUCCUAUUUAUGAAGAAAUUAGUGAUGUACCCCCUCCACUCCCGCUGUCUCCUCCUCCUGUCGGCGAUGUGGAACUGGACAAGAGAACAACGCGCUCGAUGUUCGAAGGUGCAUCUAAGUACGACAUAUUGUCCUAUCUUGUCGAUGCUAAGGAGCGAGGAAUCGUAAGGGAGGAACCCUAUGAGUACAACUUUAGCAACACUAGCGAAAUAAUAGUGGAAGAAGAAAUUGACACUUUAACCGAUCUAAACAAAAACAAAAUCGUUGAUGUCAGCAGUAGAAUAAGCCACCUAUCCGUAACUAGUGACUCUAGCGAGGACAUAUCCCUAACUAGUUCCAUUAACGAAAAACUGACCCAACGGCGCCCCACCUCUGAAGUGGAGCGAAACGACUCCGGUGUAGGGUCAGAAACGAGUAAAUCAUCCCGAAGCAAAUACCAAAAUCCAACUUCAUUGUCGGUUCUGAACAAGAACAGUCCAAUUCACCUGUGUGAGGAUUGUGAUGGUCCUGUGGAAACCCAAGUCACCGAUUCUGGAGUCAUGUUCGCCCCGUUGGUAUGCCGAAAAUGCAGUAAAAAACGCGCAGAAAGAAAGGAAAUUAUCAUUGAAAUCGCAGAAACGGAGGAGAAAUAUGGUCGCGAUCUGCAGAUAAUUUUGGAGGAAUUCUGCAAACCAAUGUUAGUUGCCGGUCUUCUAACUCAAGAGCAACUCUCUGCAAUCUUCUUGAAUACAGAAGAAUUGCUCGAGAACAAUCAGGCUCUUGCCGAAAAGAUACGUGAUGCCCUUGAUAUUGCCAUGGAACAGGGUGAUGAUGAUCUACUUACGGUGAAUAUUGGGAAAGUGUUCCUGGAAGCUACACCAAUGCUGCAUGCUUUCGAGAGCUACUGCGUACGACAGGCUGCAGCCAGUCUGCUUUUAGCUAAUUUGGAGAAGGACAAGGAAUUGUUGAGGAUAUUUUUACGUGUUUCCCAGAUGGAGAAUGCCGUGCUGAGGAGAAUGAACUUGAACUCGUUCUUGAUGGUACCAGUUCAACGAGUUACCAAAUACCCACUCCUCCUGGCACGUCUCUACAAAGUAACACCUCCACAUUUAGAAAGUCGACCACUUCUGAAGCAGGCCCAGGAAAAAAUUGAAUUACACCUGAAUCAUAUGAAUCAGGAAGCAAAGGACGUGCCUACGAAAUUGUGGCGUCGAAUUUCGUCAUCGAGUCCGAAUCGACGUUCGUCCUGUGAAAUCGAUAUGAUCAACAUCAAAUUACGGAAAAUGGCAAUAGACGUCCUGGAGUGGAACCACGAUGAGGUUCGAUUCGCCAUGGAAGGCAAGCUUUUGUAUACUCAGCCAACGGAUAGCAAUUGGAAAAGAGCUCGAACGAUUAAAUUGACGCACAUCAAUGCACUGCUCGUUACAAAUGGAAAGCCAAGUGCCACCUAUAAACCGGAUAAGGCUAUAGCUGAUCAAUUAAGUUUUCCAAAGCAUACUGGCAUCCGGGAAGCGGCUCUUUUGAUGGUAAAAGAAAAAUGCGGACGAUAUACGUUAAUUAGAGAGCCACUGUAUCUAGACCGGUGUAUCGUUUGCACAGAGGCAGAUUGGGACGACUACUUUGAGGUGCAUGAAAUCUCAUCAAAGGAUACGUUCAUUUUCAAGGCGGAGGACGGAACUCGCACCAAACAAUGGUACACCCAAUUACAAUACCACUCACAAGGGAUGGGUGCCUGGCGAAAGAGGCGUAACGCAUUAGCGAAUAUAAUGAUAAAUGGAAUGUUAUCAAGGACCUGAUUUUUCCCUCUACGGAAACCACGAGACUACAGCAUAUCGAAGCGAAAUAAGAUAACGAAAAAAUAGCAAACAUUGCCAACCUACAAUUUAUCGGAGUAGUUUAGAAUUUUACGGAUUGAUUGAUUGAUGAGCUGCCUGAAAAUUAUACUGUAUUAACCCUUUUCAGCUGUUUAUUCAAUGUAUUUACUUUAUUGUUAAUUAUUAUUCUGUAAACUUUUUUCUCGGCUUGACUACUUAGUUAUUGAGCUUAGGCUCCAUUGUGUUUUUUGUGUAUUUAUUAUCAACUAACUUUACAAUUAGAUGAUAACGGAAAAUGAAAAAAAUUAAUCGUAGCAUUAUUGUUUUAAGUUAUGUUUUCUUUUUCUUUUCGUCUAAUUUGGUUAUAUUAUUUUAGCUUUGCUGCAUUGAUUCUGGAUGUAUUUACUUAAUAAAAAUGUGAAGAUUUUGAA